AUGAGCCGGCAGGCGCAGAAGCUCGAUUCCGCCGCCGGCGACGGCGCAGUCGGGAUCGGGGUCCUGUCGCUGGACCUGCUGGGCCAGGUGCUGCACGGCCUGUGGGAGCCGCGGGACCGCAAGGCGUGCCGUCUCGUCAGCCGCGCCUUCGAGCGCGCCGAGGCCGCGCACCGCCGCGCGCUGCGGGUGCUCCGACGCGAGCCGCUCCCGCGCCUGCUCCGCGCGUUCCCGGCCCUCGAGCUGCUCGACCUCUCCGCCUGCGCCUCGCUCGACGACGCCUCCCUCGCCGCGGCCGUCGCCGGCGCCGGCGGGGGACUCGCGGGGCUCCGCAGCGUCUGCCUCGCGCGGGCCAACGGGGUCGGCUGGCGCGGCCUCGAGGCGCUCGUGGCGGCCUGCCCCAAGCUGGAGGCCGUCGACCUGUCGCACUGCGUCAGCGCCGGGGACCGCGAGGUCGCCGCGUUGGCGGCGGCGGCCGGGCUCAGGGAGCUGAGGCUGGACAAAUGCCUUGCCGUCACCGACAUGGGGCUCGCCAAGGUGGUUGUUGGGUGCCCCAGGCUGGAGAAGCUCAGCCUCAAGUGGUGCCGUGAGAUCUCUGACAUCGGAAUCGAUCUGCUGGCCAAGAAGUGCCCCGAGCUCCGCAGCCUCAACAUAUCCUACCUCAAGGUGGGUAAUGGAUCCCUUAGAUCAAUUUCCUCACUCGAGAGGCUUGAGGAAUUGGCAAUGGUUUGUUGUUCAUGUAUAGAUGAUGAAGGCCUGGAAUUGCUGAGCAAGGGGAGCGAUUCGCUGCAGAGUGUUGAUGUGUCAAGAUGUGAUCAUGUGACUUCUGAGGGGUUAGCUUCACUGAUAGAUGGUCGCAAUUUUCUCCAGAAGUUAUAUGCUGCAGAUUGUUUGCAUGAGAUAGGACAGCGUUUUCUAUCCAAGUUGGCAACACUGAAGGAAACCUUGACACUGUUGAAACUCGAUGGUCUUGAGGUCUCGGACUCUCUUCUUCAAGCCAUUGGUGAAAGCUGUAACAAAUUGGUUGAGAUUGGACUUAGCAAAUGCAGUGGUGUUACAGAUGAAGGAAUCUCAUCUCUUGUAGCUCAGUGUAGUGACCUAAGAACAAUUGAUCUCACAUGCUGCAAUCUCAUUACCAACAAUGCACUUGAUUCAAUAGCUGACAACUGUAAGAUGCUUGAAUGCUUGCGGUUGGAAUCAUGCUCUUUGAUAAAUGAGAAGGGACUAAAGCGAAUUGCAACUUGUUGCCCCAAUCUUAAGGAGAUAGACCUCACUGACUGUGGAGUGGAUGAUGCAGCAUUGGAGCACUUGGCUAAAUGCUCUGAAUUGAGAAUAUUGAAAUUAGGCCUAUGCUCAAGUAUUUCUGACAAAGGCAUUGCAUUUAUUAGUUCAAAAUGUGGAAAGCUUGUGGAGCUUGAUCUCUACCGGUGCAACUCUAUUACUGAUGAUGGGUUGGCAGCUUUAGUAAAUGGAUGCAAGAGGAUUAAGUUACUGAACUUGUGUUACUGCAACAAAAUCACUGAUACUGGUUUGGGUCACUUAGGCUCCCUGGAGGAGCUCACAAACCUUGAAUUGAGGUGCUUGUUCCGCAUAACAGGCAUUGGGAUCUCCUCAGUUGCAAUCGGAUGCAAGAGCCUGAUAGAGUUGGACUUGAAACGAUGCUAUUCAGUUGAUGACGCUGGCCUGUGGGCCCUUGCUCGUUAUGCUUUGAACCUUAGACAGCUUACGAUAUCUUACUGCCAAGUCACGGGGUUGGGCCUGUGCCACCUGCUGAGCUCCCUGCGGUGCCUCCAGGACAUUAAGAUGGUGCACCUCUCAUGGGUCUCCAUAGAAGGGUUUGAGCUGGCGCUGCGAGCAGCCUGCGGGAGGCUGAAGAAGCUGAAGAUGCUCUGCGGGCUGAAAACCGUGCUGUCCCCUGAGCUCCUCCAGAUGUUGCAGGCGUGUGGCUGCCGAAUAAGAUGGGUCAACAAGCCUCUUGUCUACAAGGACUAA